UUGAUGAUAGAUCCACCAGGGCGUGUUUACUUGAUGCGUCCACGUUCUAGUGACGCUCAUAUAAAUAUCAACAAGUGUAUUUAAUAAAUAUAAAUAUUUAUAUCAAUAAAUAUGGUGCAUAACUCAAAAUGCUAGAUUAAUAAGUAAAUAUUAAAGUUAAAUGUUCAUUUAAACUAGGAAAAAGUGUCAAGAAUUUUUAAUUCCAUUUAAACAAUGGUGCGUUUAAUUGUGACGGUAGCUUUUAUCGUCACCUAUUCCUGGUUGGGCGUUGUCGGACAAUAUGAGUGGCAAAGAAGAGAUGCUUUUGAUGAAAUAAAAAUGAAAAUGGAUAAAGUUACCAUGGAUAAUUGUGAAAUUCAACAUCUGGAAGAUCUUUUUUUGCCAGAAGAUUCAGUAUCUCAUUUGCCUGACAUUAAAGAAAUCAAUAUCAAUCCAGUGUUUCCCAAUAGAACUGCUCUUCUUCAUCUUCACAACAUGGCUUUGAGUAGAUCAUUUUUUUGGAGUUAUAUACUUCAAUCUAGAUUUAUCAGGCCAGCAAUUAAUGAUACAUAUGAUCCUGGAAUGAUGUACUAUUUCUUGUCAUCAGUAGCUGAUGUGUCAGCUAAUCAACAUAUUAAUGCUUCAGCAACUUAUUUUUCACCAAACAUGUCUUAUACUCCAAGUUAUCGAGGAUUCUUCAAUAAAACCAUGCCGAGGUUUGCACCAAGAGUUUUCAGAGCUGAUGAUUUUAAUGAUCCAGUGCAUUUAGAAAGAAUCUCAACAAGAAAUACAUUUUAUAUAAGAGAUCUUGGUGCUUAUCCUUCAGAAAGUUCUAAUCAAGAUUAUACUCAAGAAAAUUAUCGAAUCAACGAAUGGUAUAGAGCUUGGUUACCAGAUAAUCCCAAUAAAAGACAUGACACUAAAACGACAUAUCAAGUAGAAAUUCGCUAUGCUAACAAUACAAAUGAAACAUUUUCAUUUCAUGGACCUCCGGGUGCUGAUGAAAUUCCUGGUCCUGUGAAAUGGACAAAGCCUUAUUUUGAUUGCCAUCGUUCGAACCGUUGGUUAGUAGCAGCAGUAGUACCUAUUGCCGACAUUUAUCCUCGUCAUACGGGUUUUCGACACAUUGAGUAUCCAACAUACACCGCUGUUACCGUGAUGGAGAUGGAUUUCGAAAGAAUUGAUAUUAAUCAAUGUCCGAAGGGUUUAGGAAAUAGUGGUCCUAACCGUUUUGCUGGUACUGCGAAAUGUAAAGAAGAAACAACUGAGUGUGAACCAAUUCAUGGAUGGGGUUAUCGAAAAGGUGGUUAUCAAUGUAGGUGUAGACCAGGAUUCAGAUUACCUGGAGUUGUACGUCGACCUUAUUUGGGUGAAAUAAUUGAAAGAGCUACUGAAGAACAAUAUUAUAAUGGAUUUGAUUGUACUAAAAUAGGAUGGGUUCAAAAGUUACCUGUUCAAUGGGAGAAAGCACCAGAAUAUAUACGAGAAAAAUAUUUAGAAAGAUAUUAUGAAUAUCGAAAUUCUACAGAAGGUCCUGAAUCUCUUCAAUCUCAAAAAAUAAAUAUUCACAACGUUAUUAAGUUCAUUCGAAGUGUUAAUGCAAAGAAUUGUGACCGUUAUGAGAAACAACAUUUGCAACUUCAUGGAGAUAUUGGCUAUGGAGCUCAGGAAUUUUUCGAAAAUGAAGCUAAGAUGGCUGUGAGAUUAGCUAAUUUUAUUAGUGCCUUUUUACAAAUAUCUGAUCCUAAUGAAGUUUACUCAGGUAAACGAGUACCUGAUCGACCUCUUACAGAAGAUCAAAUGAUUGGCGAAACAUUAGCACUUUUAUUUGGAGACACAAAAAUUUGGGCAGCUGGUACUUAUUGGGAGAGAAAUAAGUUUACAAAUAGAACAUUCUUUGCUCCAUAUGCCUAUAAGAAACAAUUAAAUACUAGGAAGUUUAAAGUAGAAGAUCUUGCUCGUCUCAACAAUACAGAUGAAGUUUAUAUAAAUCAACCAUGGUUCAAAUUUUUGCAACAACGAUGGGCAACCAACUUUGAUGAUCUUGAGAAAUAUUACUUGAAGCUCCACGUUCGUUUUAAUGAGACAGGGGAACACAGCAAGAAAUAUGAACACUACCCGACUUCCUACAGGGCGGCAAACCUGAAUCAUGGACACUGGACCACUCCGUACUUUGAUUGUAACGGUAAGGUGAAUAACUGGGUAAUUACCUAUGCAUCCCCAUUUUUUGGCUGGGAUACCUUGAAGGAGAAACUGGAAUUCAAGGGCGUCGUUGCUGUAACUAUGGACUUGCUUCAGUUAGAUAUCAACCAAUGUGACGAUGAUUUUUACGUACCAAAUGCAUUCAAAAACACCCACAAAUGCGAUAAGAAAACAUCUUAUUGUGUUCCAAUAUUAGGAAGAGGAUUUGAAUCAGGUGGAUACAAAUGUGAGUGUAAACAGGGUUUUGAAUAUCAAUUCGAGGAUCCGAUUACUUAUUUUGAUGGCCAAAUAAUGGAGUCAGAAUUCAUUAACGUAGUCAACAACAAAGAAACUAGGAUUGAUAUGUUUAAAUGCCGUUUAGCUGGUGCAGCUUCUAUUCAAUCAAGUUUGAUACUCAUCAUUGCAGCUCUAGCAUUUUUUUAUCGUUAUGUUCGACAUUAAUAAUCUGAAUAACAAUGAUCUUAAAUUAUAAAUUUUUACUCAAAAAUCCAACUCUUAAAAGAAAAUUAUUAUGAGAUUUAAAGUUGGUAAGCUUAUAGCUUAAAAAAAUAAGAUAAUUGUAUAUCUUACAAUUUUAUAAUUAAUAUUUUCGAUUUUAUAUUUUAUAUCAAUAUUCCGUCCAUUAAGAAAUAAUAAUUAUUGUAUACAUUCCGACCAGUAUAAUUGAUCUAUACAUGAUCGAAUUUGUAUAGAUAUAUUUUAUAGAGUUGUACAAAAUGGAUCGCAAUUAUAACUAAGGAAUCUCAACUAAUGUGUCUUAAAAUUAUUCGUAAAUAAUAUAUAGAUUUUAUAUUGUUUUUUUUUAAAUUAUAAUAAAAUACAAUGGAUAAAAAAAUU